CAGCGGGAGGGGGCGGGCUCGGCCGGCGGCUCCCGGCUCCCGCUCCCGACUGCGGCUCCCGGAUCCCGCUCCCGAUUCCGCCAUGGUGGUGCCGGCGCGACGCGUCAAGACGGAGUACAUGAAGCGCUUCAAGGAGCCCAAGUGGGAGUCGUGCGGCGCCUGCUACCUGGAGCUGCUGCACUACCGCCUGAGCCGCCGGCUGCUGGAGCAGGCGCACCGGCCCUGGCUCUGGGACGGCUGGGAGCAGGACAGCGGCAGCGGCGGCGGCAGCACCGCCGGCUCCCCUUCGCCGCCGGGCGCCGGCAGCCCCGCGGCCGCGCAGGAGGAGGAGGCGGCGGGAGCGGCAGCGCCGAGCGAGGCGGGACGGGCCAGCCCCGAGAAAGAGAAAGAAAAAGAAAAAGAAAAAGAAGAUCAAGAAAAGCAGGAGAAGGAAGAGCAAGAGAAAACUGUAGAGCACACUUCUGUAAAGGAAACAGACAAAACCAGCCGUACAGGACGACGUCCAAGUCGAAGUGCCUUGUCCAGUCGUAAUGAUCGAAAAACAGCCAAAAGUCCCCAAAGGACAGAUGCACCAAAGGAGAAUAAACAUCCAUUUGCCCUGUAUGGGUGGGGAGAAAGACAGACGGAUACUGGAAGCCAGAAAACUCACAAUGUCUGUGCUUCUGCUUCAGUGAAUGAAAUCCAUGAAUCUGCUCUACGAGCGAAGAACAGGAGACAAGUAGAGAAGAGGAAACUUUCUCAGAGACGAGUGCGAUCAGCAGAGGCAGAAAGCACCUGGCGAACAAAGCCUUCCCCAGCAGAUAACCCUUGGAUGACAGAGUACAUGAGAUGCUACUCAGCAAGAGCUCUCUGAACCUGGAUUCCCUUAGGCAUCCUCAGAAGGAGUUUCRCUUAUCAGGACACUAGUGCAAGGAACCAAACUACUUAUGCAAGGUUUUUAUAGGGAGUUUCCAGCUGUUAAAGUAUUUGUUACAAUGUUUUUAUCUUGGCUACCUACCUCACAGUGGGGUGUAUCCUUGGAGCCAUAACAUUUGAAGAGGCUUUUAGAUAUAACAACCCAAACUUUUAAACAAUUCCCCUUUUGGGAAUUUUUCUAAUGCUUCAGUUAGUUUGUUUGAUGGUGGGAGGGGGAACCUUAGCAUACAGGGAGUCAAAGCAAAUAUUUUUCUGAUCAUGGUUACAAGUAAUGUUUUCCCUUAUUUAAAAUACAAAUCAUGGGGAGUCGGUGUUGGGGAAAGACUUUAAAAGAGUGAUGGAGGUGCCUUUGUAUUUAUAAUACUAUUUGAUGUGACACUUUUACCARAAUAAGUAUAUGAAGAUGGGCAACGGGAAAUCAGUGUCUGGUAAUCAGCACUAAUAAAUACAGAUACUUUAGGCAGGCAAAUAYCAAGAAUAGUCUGUAUAUAGAAACUUUAAAAAUUACUACAACCGCCCCUCCCCAAACAAAAACCAACCUUGUUUGAUUAGUGAAUCCACUGAUGUUAACUUUUAUCGCUGUUUCUAAGGUCAUUAGAAUAGAMGCUCAUUUUCAGGGCAAGAAGCAGCUACAGGAUUAUUUUUCUGUAGCUGUUCCUGUUGUACCAAAUAACUAAUGUAGACAAUCAUUAUCUGAUAGCUGCCACUCAAUAAGCAGUUACUUGUUCUACCAAUAUAGACUUGUACCACUGUACUAACCUUGUGGUCACAUAUAGUCUGUACUUAAUCAUGUAAAUGCAUUUAUUGAAGGAGAGGGCUGGCUCCUUUCUGGUGAGGUCUACUUUUAACACUUCAGAGUAUCUAUUAUGCUCAGUGGGGGUCAGAGUGCAAUAGCAUUCCACUUGGAGAUAUUAUACAAGUAUAUUGUUAAAGAGUUUAAACUUGAAAACUGUGUUGACAAAACCUGUAGAUGAGGUCCUAGCAGCUUUCUGCCUCUCAAAAUUGGUGCAGAACCCCUCAUUUAUAGGGGGUGGKGACAGAGUAAGGGCUAGGGAAAGAUGGAGGGGUAUAUCCUUUAGUAAACAAAAUGUAAUGAAGUUUGAACACUUUUGUUUUGUAGGUCCUAAUUCUACAUAGUAUGACAGUCAUUGUGAUAUCCUUGGUGGUUUUGUUUCCCUCAGGUGGCUGUAAAUUAUCCUUUUUUCAGUUUGCUAACUAYGCUUUAGGCAGAUUAUUGCUGUAGUUGUGAGCUUCAAAGUUUUGUUCAGAUGUGUGGUUCAUAGUUACAUAUGUUGGUUAUCUCGGUUUAAUUGUUUUGAAGCUUGUGUUUUACAGGCUGGACACUUUCCCACAGGACGCAUACUUGCACUUCUGCAGCAGAAACCUGCACUAGUUUUAGCUUCAUUCCACAGUCUCAGUGUAAGCAGGGCUCUAGAAUUACUGUUGCAACACAGAGGAUACAUGCUUAGUGAAAUGUCUGAUUGUGUUCUUGAAGUAAUUGUGCCAAGGGUCCAAGCAUUGCUGCCUCCUAGUGUCAAUUCUAUCACAUCACUAAAGGUCUCAUUACUCACAAUUUUAACUUCGUUAAGAUGUCCUAGAAUCCAUGAAUCUACAGUCUGAUUUUUUUUUUUACCUGCCUUUUAAGCAUAAAGCUAUAAAAAUACAGACAACUCUUGUUGAAGGCUACCUAUUWAAGAUCUUACAGCUUUUAAGUCUGGGAAUGCACAGUAUGAUUUAGACUGUUUUGUACACAGCAAAAUCCCGGUCUUAMGACUGCUACACCAACCACACGCUAGAACUUCCUGAAACUUUAGAACAAUGCCCAAAACYGGGGAAAACUAUUCCAGAGGAUGCCUUUACUCCGUAUGAAAUUCUUUUAGUUUCCUUCUAUGUUGUGUUUUCCUCUUUAAAUAGCUGCUGUAAAUAUUCUUAAUUUGCUUCUGAUGCUGUUUCAAUUACAGAAGCCACCCCAGCUUUGAACAGUGUUGAAGCACCAACUCAGUAGGGUUUAACAGCCUUAUUCAAUAAAAACUCGCCURUUCCUGCUGCCCACAGGCUUUGUAGGCUUUAUGUAACUACAGCAGAUGGACUGUGCCCUCAGUGCAUUUUGUCACAUUUAACAGUUUCSUUGAUUGUGUAGGGCAGGACUCAUCUUGCCACGCUUUCAAAGACAGCUUCUACAGUUCUCUCUUCCCACAGAGAAUGGAGGAGCCAGGAUGAUGACUGUGUGCCUGCCUUAAGUACCCAUGUAUGCAUAGGAUGUAUCUCCCAUUAAGGUGUUGGUGUUUUCAAUAAUUAUAGGAGGCUUAAUUGUCUUCUGCCUUGGAUACUGGGAACCAAACUUAAAACAUCUCCAACAGGCCUGCUCAGGUGUUCAACAGAGCAUGAGAAUUUUCAACAGCAUCAAGGCUGCUGUGUACUAAGGAAAUCAUCUGUACCUAAUCCUUGUCUGGUCAAGAGCUGKUCCCCACAAAGACUAUUAACUAGAAGACAGCAGAGACACUAGGAAGGUCUUGUGAGUCAUAGUGCUUUUCCAAAUGGUCUGUAGCUAAAACAAUCCUGGGUGCUAUGUUGGUACUAUCUGGGUUUAAGUAAUACAAUGCCUGAAGUAAGGGGUAAAUGAUUCUGCAAAUCAGGUAGCCUUCCUCCAUUUGGGCAUUACUUGACUAAAAAGCUACUAUUGUGCUUAGACUAUAUUAAAUUGUAUAGUUCUGAUCACUGCAAGCUCUACAUGUCAAGUAUUUGGUCUGGAAAACUGCUGGUAUUUUGAUGUUAACAAAUGAAAAGCACUUGAAUUGUAAAGCAGAACUUUUCAGAYGUAAAAGCUUUAACUGUAUUCCAUAGAUUCCUAACGGAGGUGACCAUUUUGCUUCAAAUUGGACUCACUAAAAAGUAGAAAACCUAGCGAAUGAAUCCCUAUCAGUUAAGGAAUUUCUGAACUCUGUCUUGCAUGGAUUCUUGGAUUCAGCCAUCUGGUGAACACUUCUCACUCCYGUUUUAGAAGUAGAACUUUUUGGCAAGAACAUAGUAAAUAAUCAAUUGUCCAAAGUCUUCAUUAAAAUURCUGUUUAUUCCUUUAUGUUUCUGAAAGUACUUAGCUAAGUGAAGCAAGAAUUCUACAAUGUGUAAUGCUGCAAUUUAACUAUAGURUUGUGGAGACUAGUGUUUACAGUGUAAAAUGUUAUUAUGGAUACUGCGUAAGAACGUCCUGUAAAAUACAGUAGCAUGCCUGUUCAGUCACUGCUGUCACAUCUUUGCAACUAUGAAAUACAGACUUUUCCACAGGAAGCUGAGAUAGUCAAGGUGAUAGCCAAACUUAGAGCCAACCUUAACAAAACUGAGGGACAGAGUUGAAUUUCUGGUAAGAAUUUUAUCCAGGUAGCACAUGCACAUUUAAACUGAAUUUUUAGCACACAGGCAAGUGCA